AUGUCUCCAGCUCUUCUUGCGAACAGCUCGGUCGAUAUCGUUGACAUCCGUGAAAACGAUACCACCUUUUCGGCUGCCGCGGCUAUUCAAGAUGGCUUGAGUCCUCCCCAGGGCAAGGACCGCUCCUUUCCCACCCUGUUGCUAUACGAUGCUGCAGGGCUGCGUCUGUUCGAGGAGAUUACGUAUUUAGACGAAUACUACCUGACUAAUACAGAGAUUGAAGUAUUGGAAAAGCAUGCGAGGACUAUUGCCGAGAGACUUCCAGAUCAAUCACAGUUGGUGGAGCUGGGUAGCGGGAACCUCCGUAAGAUCGAGAUCCUGCUAAGGGAGUUUGAAAGCCUGCAGAAGCGAGUAGAUUACUACGCUCUGGAUUUGUCAUUAGAGGAACUCCAACGUACUUUUGCGCAGGCUUCUCCUCAUUCCUACCAAUACGUUCGCUUCCGCGGCCUCCACGGUACCUAUGACGAUGCCUUGGAGUGGAUGAAGAACCCUCAGAACAGACGGCAUCCCACAUGUGUUCUCUCGAUGGGAUCAUCUAUAGGAAAUUUCAACCGAGAGGAAGCUGCAGAUUUCUUGCGUCAAUAUGCCGAACUUCUAGGCCCAACUGAUUCCAUUAUCAUUGGCCUUGAUGGCUGUAAAGACAAAGAUAGAGUCUACCGCGCUUAUAAUGAUUCGAAGGGCACCACUCUUCGCUUCUAUAGAAAUGCGCUAGUCCAUGCCAACGCCGUCUUAGGCUAUGAGGCGUUCAAACUGGACCAAUGGGAUAUCGAAUGCUCGUAUGACGAAGUUGAUGGCUGCCAUCGGGCGUUUUAUGUGCCUACGAAAGAUGUAUCCAUCAAUGGUGUAUCAGUCAGCAAGGGAGAAAGAGUCAAGUUUGAAGAAGCAUACAAAUACGACUCCCGCGAAAGAGACGAACUGUGGCGUAACGCGGGGCUCAUCAACGUGGCAGCGUUGGGAAAUAGUCUGGACAAUUAUCAUCUCAAUAUGCUAUCACCGUCAAGCGUCAGUUACCCAACUCUUCCAGCUGAGUAUGCGCCUAAUCCGGUGCCCUCCUGGGAAGAAUGGAGGUCACUCUGGACAGCUUGGGAUAUUGUCUCGAAGACGAUGGUCCCUCGGGAUGGGUUGAUCUCUAAGCCGAUCAAGCUGAGAAAUGCUUUAAUCUUUUACCUAGGACACAUCCCCACGUUCCUUGACAUUCACUUGACCCGUGCAACGCGUGGCAAGCUUACGGAUCCGAAAUAUUAUCCGCAGAUUUUUGAACGCGGUAUUGACCCGGAUGUGGAUAAUCCCGAGCAGUGCCACGACCACAGUGAAAUACCUGAUGAAUGGCCUGCCCUAGGAGAAAUUUUGCAGUACCAGGAAAAUGUUCGCAGUCGGGUGCAGUCUCUCCUGAGAAUGGAAGGCUUAUCAAGGAACCGAUUGCUCGGCGAAGCUCUUUGGAUUGGGUUUGAGCAUGAGGUCAUGCACCUGGAAACAUUCUUAUACAUGCUUCUACAGAGUGAUAAAAUCUUGGCUCCCUUAGGAGUUAAAAAACCAGAUUUUGAGAAAAUGGCGCUCAUUGCAGAGCAAAACGCGAAGCCAAACCAGUGGUUCAGAAUUCCUGAACUGGCAUUUACGGUUGGGCUGGAUGAUUCGGAUCUCAGUAGCAUGCCAAAGGAAUCUUUUGGCUGGGACAAUGAGAAACCAAAAAGAAAUGUCGCCGUACAUUCUUUCGAGGCUCAGGGGCGCGCCAUCACUAACAGGGAAUAUGCACAUUACAUGAAGGAAGCAGGAAUACAUCGUAUACCGGCCUCAUGGGUGAUCCAAGCUGCGAAUAGCUGGAACAACACUUUCAACGGACUCCAUACGAAUGGAGUUUCAAAUGGACACGGCAAUACCAUGGACGAGUACGCCGUGCGAACGGUCUUUGGAUUAUUACCAUUCGCUUGGGCAGCAGACUGGCCGGUCAUGGCGUCAUAUGACGAAUUGGCCGGAUAUGCUGCAUGGAAGGGUUGUCGACUUCCCACUUUUGAGGAAGCGAGGUCCAUUUAUAAGCAUGCUGCGGCGCUUAAGCGGGGACAUGCCCCUGACAGCGUCGACCGUGUAAGCAAUGGACACUCGAAAACCCUCAGAAGUGGAAGUCGAACCAAAAUUGCAUCCUCAGAGCCCGUUUUCAUCGAUCUGUCUGACGCCAACGUCGGAUUUAAGAAUUGGCACCCCGUCCCUAUUACCCCCAAUGGCGAUAAACUCGCUGGACAAGGUGAAUUGGGCGGUGUAUGGGAAUGGACCAGCACCCCGUUGAAUCGACAUGAGGGAUUCCAGGAGAUGGAGGUCUAUCCUGGAUACACUGGUGGAUCGUGGGCUACGCAUCCUCGCAUCGCAGGACGAACCAGUUUUGUAAACUGGUAUCAGCAUAAUUAUCUAUAUGCCUGGACUGGAGCAAGGCUUGUACGCGAUAUUUAA